CAAUAGUGAAGCAUUUCUGAAUUUUAUUCUUCGUUAGAAUAUUUAAAUAUUCAUUUUUAAUCAUUUAUUUAUCAUUGGUGAAUAAUUGUAACAGUAUUUAAGUGAGCAAUGUUGGUGUAAAAGGCCAAGACAUUUUUUACGCAGUGCUGUGAAAAUUUUUCUAUUAGAAGCACACGACGAAAAAAGGAGUACAAGGCAAAAGUAAAAGGCAGCAGGCUGGUUAAUGAGCAAAUUGAAUCAUAAAUUGCAAAACCCAGCAAAAUCAAUUAAACGCAAUGGAAGAGAAACGGAUUGCUGACUAUUUUGUAGUCGCUGGCAUGCCAGAACAACCGCAAUUGCUACAGGAGAAUAUAUUUAGCGAAUCUGGGCAUUUACGGGCUGCCAAUACUAUUGAGCCUAUAACAGAUAUUGGUGUAUAUUUUCCGUUACUCGAUGAAGAAGUGCCCGACGGUUAUGAGGUGUUGGAAACAACACCCACUGGACUGCCUGCGAAUCUCAAUCAUGGCUCUAUGCGUUCAACAGAGUGUUAUAUUUAUUAUAAACGGGGCAAAGAUCGACCGCCUCUGGUGGAUAUAGGUGUGCUGUACGAUGGACAUGAACGCAUAAUGUCUGACGCCGAAAUCGUCGCCGAAACACCGGGUGGACGCAUAGCCAAUGUGAAUAAUUCUUCCUCGAAAAUUUAUCUCACCUACCGACGCGCACGACCCGACAUGCCAUGCAACGAGCUAGUCGUCACAGAUUUAUGUGUCAUCGUGCAAAGUAAAGGUGAACGGCCACCGCAUGCAUUCUGUCUCAUUUAUAAAACACUCAAUAGAGGUUAUAUGGGCAGUGAUGUGUAUUUAUGCUACAAAAAAUCUAUGUACCGUCCGAAAUUAAUCAGUUAUCAGCCAGAAAUUUUACUACGUUAUCCAACUGUCGAUCAUAACGACUUUCCAUUAAAUCUCUGCCCAAGUGUGCCGUUAUUUUGUCUACCAAUGGGCGCAUCGCUAGAGGCUUGGCCGCAUGUGAAAGAGGGCGAGAAGCGUAAACCCACAAGUCCUGUGUUUAGUACCUUUGUGCUGACGGUUAAUGAUGGCACAUACAAGGUGUAUGGUUCUGCAUUAACAUUCUAUGAGGAUUUUGAGGAAUCCGCAUUAAAUGACAAACAGCGUGAACUCCUGGGCUGGGAUGAAGUGUUCGCGAAGCAGCAUUCAUUGCAUAUAAUCAAAUCUAUUUGCCUUUUAUCACACUAUCCAUUUGGUGACACGUUUGACAGAUGGCUGCGUUACUUACAUCGCUUGGCCGUGCACGGUGUAGAUUUACCAGUAUCAAUUGAACGUUACGUAACGCAAUUGUUGGAUGAAGUGCAAUUUCCAGCGCCUAGCAUACAUUUGCAACUUUCCAGCGAGCCGAAAGAUCGCAUAUUGCUCACGCAACCGGAAGACUCGCCCUUGCCACGCAGCGGUGCUGGCUUCCACAUGUUGCUGCAGAAUUUGGGCACUGAUAAUUGUCUGCAUGUAAUGCUGUUGGCGCUGACGGAGCAAAAAAUCUUAAUACACUCCUUACGACCCGCCACAUUAACUGCAGUUGGUGAGGCCAUUGUUUCGCUGCUAUUUCCCUUCAAAUGGCAAUGUCCGUACAUACCAUUGUGCCCACUUGGCUUGGCGGAGGUCUUACAUGCGCCAUUACCUUAUUUAAUAGGUGUCGAUUCACGUUUUUUCGAUUUGUAUGAACCGCCACAAGAUGUGACUUGUAUCGACUUGGAUACAAACACGAUCAGCUUGUGUGAAUCACAAAAGCAUUUGACGAUAAAAUUAUUGCCUAAACGUGCUGCGCGUAUUUUGCGACAAACACUCAACGAAUUGGAAGUUCUAAAAGCCACACACAUCGAAUCAACAAAUAGCCUUGAUAGGGAUCUAAGAAAACGAAAGCGUGAGCAAGAUCUCGAACAACGAAUACAGGAGGCCUUUCUACUCUUUAUGGCAUCGAUUUUGCGCGGCUAUCGUGACUACUUAACGCCCAUAUCGAAGGCGCCCUCUGUCGGCGCCACAGAUCCAAGUGCCUUAUUUCAGUUGAAGGCGUUCUUGCGAUCGCGCGAUAAGGCGCAUCAGAAAUUCUUCGAACUACUCAUGAAGACACAAAUGUUCAUACGUUUCAUUGAGGAACGUUCUUUCGUCUCCGAUGGCGAUCAUGGCCUCACAUUUUUCGACGAAUGCGCCGAAAAGGUGGGCGCCUACGAUGACACCCCAUCAGACUUGCGCUUGGUUGACUGGGAGUCGGGGCAGAAUAGCGAGCGUACGAAGUACAUAUUCCCACCCGAUAGCGUGGGACCCAAGCAAGAUACUUCCGGCGCGGUUUACAACUAUGCCAACUUCACACUGAAUCCCAGCCUUUUGAAAUCAUCGAAGAAGACUGCGUUGAACCACUUUCUACAGCAGCAGCUGAAUGGUUCGCUGGCGCCCGGUUCACCAAUAGCGCGCCGCACAAAGCACGAGAUCAAACUGUCGCAAAAAAUGGCGCGCCGCUGUCAGAUGCAUCCAGAGGCGUGGUCCAAGUAUUUGCUAGCCACCUGCUAUUCGAUUUACUUCCUCAUACUACCGUCCAUGGUGAAUGAGACGCGACAGGCGAACAAGGAGCACGAUACAUUGCGCGCCGCCUACGAUAUGCUGGUGCGCGCAUCCAAACUGAAAAUCACCUGUGAUGAGUUCUGCUACCGCAUCAUGAUGCAAUUGUGCGGCAUACACAAUUUGCCCGUCUUGGCUGUGCGCCUGCACUAUUUAAUGAAGCGCUCGGGCGUGCAACCGAACGCGCUCACCUACGGCUUCUACAAUCGCUGCGUGCUCGAGUCGGAUUGGCCCAGCGACAGCACGACACUCAGCCAAUUGCGUUGGAAUCGCAUUAAGAACGUGGUGCUUGGCGCAGCGCAUUUUCGACGCGCCGGCAAGCGUCAUGCGGCCAAGAAACCACUCUCAGCCUCUUGUGAGAACAAUCUAAGCACGCUGGAAACGGUGGAUGGCACCUCGCGCACCAGCUUAGAUUCCUCGACGUCGUCGCAUAUGGAACGCGGUGCUGGCGACGCGCAUGCAUACAGCGCGACACUGCUGGACUUUUCGGCAUUCGACAAGCUGCGCGGCAAACUCGGCAGUAUUGUGCGCCAAUCGGCUAUGGCAAUGGGCGCGCAGGAUCCAGCAGGCGAUGUAAUCAGUUCAACUGCCGGUCUGCUGAUAUCGGGUGAGAGUAAAGCGAGUGGUGAAAAGUCGACCGGCGAUAAGAGCGCGGCGCCGACGAGCACAUCUGCGCCACACACACCAAGCAGUCCACACAGCCCGGGCUGUGAUUUGGGCGUUGUGGGCGCUGGCGGCAAGCUGCAGUUGACUAAAACCGAGAGCUUUGGCGGCGACGCACAGCUGCUGGAUAAAUUGCAGCGCAAACAAUCGCUGCCGAGCGAGACGAGUGGGCCGCGCUAUAAGAUUAUGAAUAUUGGUGAUGGUGAAGAGUACAUAGCGGAUGAUGUAACAGUUCUGAAAGAAAACGAGAUGGAGCAUGAAAUCGCGAGCUCGCAGGAGGAGCUGGACUUUGUGGCGCACAGCGCAGAUAUGAGUGCGGAGCACGAGCAAAUCAACAACUUGCAGAGUCCGACAAAAAUAUCGCCGCGUACGCCGGUCACGCAAAACGAUCCGCUCGGCGCCUUGAAUGAAGAACUGCAAGAUCAGACCACGCCCACAAACACCAAAGAGCCAACAGGCGAACAACCGAAUGCUGGCGCAAAUAACAGCACUAUGUAUACCGAUAAGCCCAUAUUGUUCAAGGGUCAACGUAGCGCGACCUUCGACGAAUCGACGCAUUUGAGCAAGAGCAUGCAGCGUUCGGAGACAAUGCCCGGCUCAAGCGUCGCCUCGAGCUUAGCCAAUUUCGGCUCAUCCAUUAAAUUCAAUAUUGGACGUUAUUCACCUGCACGAUUCUCAUUUAAGAAAGACAGUUUCAAGCCCAACAUUAUUAUAGAAAAUAUUUCGAAUAUAAGUCCAAGCUUAACCAGUAAAAAAUCGAAUGAGAUCAUUCAAGGUAGUCUGAGUAGCAUAAAGUACGCAGCCAAUUCGUUAACACGAAAAUUCGAUGAGAUUAAAGGGGCGUUCUCGACCCAAACGACGCCGGUGAAGACGCCCGGUAGCGUUGGACACGCCGAGGGUGCGACUGAUGAGGACAUGAUCGCACAUGAGGAUGGCACAUUGAAGAUGCGACGUGUCUCCAGCGACUUGGACCCCUGGGGCAGGCUGAGCGAGUCACGCAAGUCGAGCUAUAAUAACUUAGUGCCGUUGGGUGAAAAUUCUUCGGCGUUGAAUUUGAGCGCAUUUCCAGUGCUGCCAGAAAAUUUAUAUACACCUUUGGCGGAUGUAGUGGAGCGUCCCGAGUGUGAUAUACUCAUUCAAAUCACUUCGUGUUCGCAAUGCCACAACUGUUCGGUAUUACUCUAUGACGAGGAGAUUAUGUCCGGCUGGUCGGCCGAGGAUUCCAACUUAAAUACAACCUGCCAUGCAUGUAAUAAAUUAACCGUGCCAUUCCUGAGCGUGCAAAUUGUGGUGGACGACUCCUUGAAGGCGCUUAAGCAAUCAGACAGCUUGACAAUUCCAUAUCUAAAUCCGCUGGUGUUGCGUAAAGAGCUCGAAAAUAUACUGACACAGGAAGGUGAUAUUGCGUUGGUGAAGCCAAGCUUCGUGGAAGAGCAUCCAAUCAUUUAUUGGAAUCUAUUGUGGAUCAUGGAACGUAUUGAGAGUAAAACACAUUUGCCGGAGCUUUGUCUGCCCGUGGCGUCUGAUGAGGAGUGCGAUCCGCUCAGCAAAGUGAAGACUGUCAGCAUCCAAUGCCUAUGGGACAAUUUAAGACUACACAGCGAAGCCGGUCCGCCCAUGUAUAUACUGCAUAAACAAAAUCAGCCAGCCAGUCCGCUGCUGAAAGCGCUACUCACAGAUCAGGCGCAUUUGAAUAAGAACGUCAUUCAGCAAAUAAUUUCAGCCAUACGCUGCAAUGAUCUGCUAACACCCGUCAAGCGCUUGGCCAAUGAGCGCCACAAGUUACAGAAUAACGGCGUAAAUCGCACACACUCGAUCUAUCGUGAUAUACUCUUUUUGGCGCUCACCGCCAUCGGGCGCUCCAAUGUCGACUUAGCCACAUUCCAUCGCGAAUACGCUUCGAUCUUCGACAAAUUGACCGAAAAGGAAUGCAAAAUGUUCUAUCGAAAUCAAGAUUUGCCACCAUCGGCGGCAACCAUCUUCUGUCGCGCCUACUUCAAACCAUUAUUGCUUCCUUGACGUGAAAUCAAUUAUAUGCAGCACGAUUUUCACAACAACAACAACAAUGCGAAGACGGCAAAUACCAAUGCGCAUGAAGAGGGCAUUGCGGCAGCGUUAAGCGAUGCUGCAGUUGACAAUUAAAACGGUAAACUUUACAACUUGCAUGCCGAGGGGAAAGAAGCGCGCAGGUGCUGUUGUGUAAUAUGAAAAUGUAAAUUGAUAAUGAUUAUGAUAUGAUAAUAACGUGAAAAACAAGUAAGAUAUACGAUGAUGCUGUGGUUUCGAACGGAAAUGGCAAUCUUAA